GUGCUUCUGGAGGAAAUGGCCGAGGAGAAUCAAACUGGGCAAGUUACAGAACUGACUCUCUUGGGACUCACGGACAACCCCAGGCUGCAGGCACCUCUCUUCGUGCUGUUCCUCCUCAUUUAUGCCACCACACUGGCAGGGAACCUGGGGAUGGUUGUGCUGAUCAGGAGCAGUGGCCAACUUCAGACGCCCAUGUACUUUUUCCUCAGCAGUUUGUCUCUCCUGGAUGCUUGCUACUCAACAGUGGUGGCACCAAGGACUUUAGUGAACUUUCUGACAGAGAAGAAAACCAUCUCCCUGGCUGGCUGCGCUGCCCAGAUGUUUUUUUUCAUAGGUUUUGGGACCACCGAGUGCUUCCUGCUGGCUGCCAUGGCAUACGACCGCUACGUGGCCAUCUGCAGCCCUCUGCUUUACACGGCCAUCAUGUCUCGACAGGUCUGCAUCCUGUUGGUGGCUGGCUCAUAUGUCCUCGGGCUGCUGCACUCUCUGGUGCACACGGACUUCACCUUCAGCCUGUCUUUCUGCCGGCCAGCUGAGGUCAACCAUUUCUACUGUGGUAUCAUGCCUGUUCUAGCACUGUCCUGCUCUGACACCCAUAUCAACAGGUCCUUGAUAUUCGGUCUUGCAGGAUUGGUUGAGAUGGUGACCAUCCUGGCUGUCCUGGUCUCCUAUGCUUUCAUCCUCUCUGCCAUCUCAAAGAUCAGCUCCGCUAAGGGCCGGCACAAAGCCUUUUCCACCUGCACCUCUCACCUGGCCGGAGUCACCAUCUUCCAUGGGUCUAUCCUCGCCCUGAACUUCCGACCAAGCUCCAGCAAUGUCCUGAACACUGACAAGAUCUUUGCUGUGUUUUACUCAUUGGUGGUCCCCAUGCUGAACCCUCUGAUCUACAGCCUCAGGAACAGGGAUGUGAGGAAUGCCCUGAAGGAGUUUGUCAUGUGGAAGUAG